GGGGAACGCCCGGGGCUGAUUUGGAAAGCGAAAGCAACUCCUCUCUCGCAAAGGGGAGCCAUGGCGGCGGCGGCGGAGGGUCACCUGAAGGAGCUCCGCGAGGAAGCCUCUUGCUCCGUCUGCCUGGACUUCUUCAGGGACCCGGUGACCAUUGCUGGCUGCGGCCACAAUUUCUGCCGGGCCUGCCUGACCCAAAGCUGGGGGGACUUGCAGGGGGCCGAGGCUUCGUGCCCCCAAUGCAGAGGAAGAGCUCAGGAGGGGACCCUCCGGCCCAACCACCAGCUGGCCAACUUGGUGGAAAUAAUCCAGAAACUCCGUCCUGUGGAAGGGAAGGGGGCAGAAGGGAAGGGGGGGAUCUGCGAGAAGCGCCAGGAGCCUCUGAUAUUUUUCUGCAAGGUCUGCGGGAUAUCCAAGGAGCACGAAGAUCACGAGGAGAUCCCUCUGGAGGAGGCUUUCCAGGAAAAUCGAGCAACGGUGGCCGGUAGAAAAGAGAGGUUUUGCCAGAAGCACCAGGAACCGCUAAAGCUGUUUUGCAAGGAUGACGAAGCCCUCAUCUGUGUGGUCUGCGACCGAUCCAAGGAGCACAGAGAUCACGAGACCCUUCCUCUUGACGAGGCCUCCGAAGAAUACAAGGAUGAAUUCUGCGAUUGUCUGGAGAAGCUGAAGGAGGAGAGAGAACAAAUUGUGGCGUCUAAAGCAGAGGUAGAGGAGGAAAGCCAAGAGCUGCUGAAACAAACCACAGAAGAGAAACAAGAGACUGUAGCCAUGUUCAGAGAUCUGCACACUUUUCUGGAGGAACAAGAGAAACUUCUGCUGGCCCAGUUGGAAGAGGUGGAGAAGGAGGUGGCAAAAAACCGGGAUCAGCACCUGGCUGAACUCUCUGAGGCGCUCUCCUCUCUGGACAGCCUCAUCCAGGAGAUGGAGGAGAAGUGUCAGCAGCCGGCCACUGAACUCCUGCAGGAUGCCAGAAGCACCUUGCUAAAGUAUGAAGAAAAGGAGGCAUUUGAGAAUCCAGCAGCAUUUCCUCUUUCUCUGAAGUGGCGCAUUUGGGACUGCUCAGAUUUAACUCUCUUUUUGGAGGGCACCAAAAAGCAAUUCAAAGACUCUCUGGAUUCUGGACUUCACCUGCAGAAAGCUGAUGUGACUCUGGAUCCAGACACGGCCCAUCCGGAACUUAUCCUAUCUGAGGAUCGGAAAAGCGUGAGGGAUGGAGAAAAACCUCAAACUCUGCCCAACAAUCCUGAGAGAUUUGACUAUUACAGUGCUGUUCUUGGUCGUGAGGGGUUCACAGGAGGCCGCCAUUUCUGGGAAGUCCUUGUGGGGAAAAAGGAACAAUGGGCUGUGGGGGUGGCCAGAAAGUCUGUGAGGAGGAAGGGAGACAUUACCUUUAGUCCUGAGGAAGGGAUCUGGGAGAUGGGGAAGUGGGAAGGGCACUAUAGGGCUUCCAUGGAAGAUGAUUACCCUCCCCUGACCCUGAGUGGGGAGCCCAAGAGGAUCCGAGUCUGUCUGAACUAUGAUGGGGGUCGGGUGGCCUUUUUCGACGCUGAUCGAAGAGCCCUCAUCUUUGAGUUCUCUGGAGCCUCCUUCUCUGGAGAGACCCUCCUGCCCUACUUUUGGGUAUGUGGAAAAGCCACCCUCAAACUCUCUUCUUGAGAUCUUCUCUUCACACCAGCAGCAUCAAGAAAAAUUUCUGUUUCUCAGAAGCUCCCCCCAUUAGUCCUGUCAAGGUC